UAACCACUAGAUAGAUACAUAUACAUACAAACACCAUAAUAUGUGCGCAUAUACAUAUAUAGCAUAGUAUUUAUUAUUGUAUAUUGUAUGGAGCAAAAAAUAUAUAUAUAGAUAAUCAAUUCUCUUUCAUCUUUAACUUCUUUCUAUAGAUGCCCAAACAUCUCUCUGGUGUUUUUUCUGGAAUUUCUGGGUACUGGGUACUAUCUGCACACGUUAAAGUUCAGAUAAGUGAGUUUUUGGGUAUUUGUGUGUUUGGGUGUCUGAUUUUUAUUUAUUUAUUUAUUUUUUUGGUUUCAUGUAUGCAUUUAUUAGCUGAGUAUUGAAGAAGGAGAAGAGAAAAUUAAUCUGGGUUGUGGUCAAGUGGCAAAACCCAUGUCAGUUCAUAGCUCAGCUGCUUCUUGGAAGCCCGUUGAUGUGGUCUCCGACCAGUUUCCGGUGGGUCUCCGGGUGCUUGUUGUGGAUGAUGACCCCACUUGUCUCAGGAUCUUAGAGAAGAUGCUAAGAAAUUGCCACUAUGAAGUAACUACAUGCAAUAUGGCGGAGGUUGCAUUAUCUCUGCUCCGGGAAAAUAAAAAUGGCUUUGAUAUUGUUCUAAGCGAUGUACACAUGCCGGACAUGGAUGGUUUCAAGCUUCUUGAGUGCAUUGGACUUGAGAUGGAUCUGCCUGUCAUUAUGAUGUCAGCAGAUGAUAGUAAGAAUGUCGUGAUGAAGGGUGUUACGCAUGGUGCGUAUGAUUAUCUGAUAAAACCAGUCCGGAUUGAAGCGCUGAAGAACAUAUGGCAGCAUGUCGUUCGCAAAAGGAAGCAGGAGAUGAAGGACAAGGAUAUUGAACAAUCGGGAAGUGUGGAAGAGGGAGACCGACAGCAAAAACCAUCUGAAGAUGUCGAUUACUCAUCUUCGGCAAAUGAAGGGAAUUGGAAAUGCUUGAAGAAAAGGAAGGACGAGGAAGAUGAAGGCGAAGAGAGGGAUGAGACAUCUGCACUGAAGAAGCCACGUGUGGUUUGGUCGGUGGAGCUCCAUCAACAAUUUGUAGCAGCUGUUAAUCAAUUGGGAAUCGACAAGGCUGUUCCAAAGAAAAUUCUGGAAUUGAUGAAUGUACCUGGGCUUACUAGAGAAAAUGUUGCAAGCCACCUGCAGAAAUAUCGCCUUUAUCUAAGGAGGCUGAGUGGUGUGUCACAGCAUCAAAGUGGACUGAACAGCUCUUUCAUGGGGCCACCCGACACAACCUUUGGGACGAUGUCUUCGCUUAAUGGACUCGAUUUUCAAACCCUAGCGGCCACGGGCCAAAUUUCAGCUCAGAGUCUUGCUUCACUCCAGGCAGCAGCACUUGGCAGGUCAGCUACAAAACCAGCAAUAUCAAUGCCCCUAGUAGAUCAAAGAAACCUGUUUAGCUUUGAAAACCCAAAGUUCAGAUUUGUUGAAGGCCAGCAGCCACUGAACAAUAAUAGUAAACAAAUUGGUUUGCUUCAUGGAAUCCCUACGACUAUGGAGCCAAAGCAGCUCGCAAACCUGAACCAAUCUUCACAGACUUUCGGGAGUCGGGGUAUGCAACCUCGGGGUAUGCAACCUCGGGCGCACCAGAACAACUCCUUACUAAUGCAGAUGGGGCCACCCCAGUCACAGGCUCACAUGUUAAAUGAACCUAAUGGUACUCAAGUUUCGAGGGUGACACAGCCCAUAUUAUCUAAUGGGAUGCCUAGUGAGCUAUUGGCACGGAAUGGUAUUGUUGACAAUUCACGUGGUGCCAUAUACCAACCCGUGUCCCAGGCCCAACCACUGGUAGAUUUCUCGGUGAAUCAGAAUACAGAGAUGCAGGGCAAUAGUUUCAUAAGUGGCAACUCGGGAAUGUCAUGUCUAGCAUCUAAAAGGAUAGAAGUUAACUCUGAUGUCAAAAGACCAAUUGGCGGCUUUGCUCCUCCCAGUUAUGAUAUAUUCAAUGACCUCCAACAGCAUAAAGCACAAGAUGACUGGGGCAUGGGAGCAGUUUUCGAGGCCUCUCGUCUCCCAAAUGCACAAGGAACCCUAGAUGCGUCACAAUCGGUGAUGGUUCAGCAAGGGUUUUCUUCAAGCCAGAACAGUGGACAAAAUGGGGGCAUGUCUAUUGGCAAAGCUGUGUUUCCAAGUGGGCAAGAAAGCGGGAACCCAAUGGUUGGUCCACAAUUGAACUCACUGCUCAGUGGCAAUUCGAUAACAAUCAAAGCUGAAAGACUCCCUGAUGCAAGCUAUCAGAACACACUUUUCUCCGACCAGCAUGGCCAGGACGACCUCAUGAGUGCACUUCUCAAACAGCAAGAAAGCGUAGGACCAGUUGAAAACGAGUUCAGCUUCGAUGGAUUUCAAUUGGGCAAUCUUCCAGUCUAAGGGCAUUCCCGCUGUAGCUUGCUGUACAUAGUCGCUCCUCGCUCGUUCAUCCAAACUUUUAACCUAAUUGCUCAAACAAGUGAUGGGAGGGAGAUUCUGUUGCUGCAUCUACCGCGUGAUUGCCCUGUUGGUAUGUUAAUGUUGGAUUCGAGGCCGAUAAAUUGUAGGUGGAUGGGUGGUGUGUACUAUACUGCUGCAUGAUAUGCAAAGGCAUAUAUACAUGCUUGCAAAGCAACAAUUUUUGACUGCUGUAGGUAGGUGACUGACUGCCUUGCAUGAUAAAAGAUUAAAAGGAUCUGAGACUUACCAAUUCAAGAACACCAUAAAAACUCAACUUUAAUAACGUGAUGUUAUUAGUAUUAUUAUUAUUAUUAUUGUUAUUACUUUCUUGGAUUUGGUCUUCUCAUGUACAGAUUCUAUUUGAUUGCUCCAGCCAGAUAUAUUGCUUCCCCAAUUUUAGUUGCCACCCUCAA